CGAUUAUAACCAACAAAACACGACAAACCCGCGAUUUAACGGUCCUUAUAUGACUAAUGUCGCAUUAGAACCACAAAACGACAGAAAACGCCGGAAUUUUUGGACAAGGACGCACCGUUUUUGUGCUCUUUAAACACGCCGGUGUUUAUACAAAAAAGCUCAUUAGCAUAUUCUCGCGGGAAGUCGUAACGUAAGCGUGCGCUAACACGAGACCACGAUUUCGCGCGCUGAGGCUAAGCUCCGGUCAGGCGGGUGAUUGACAGGCGCUUGGACCAAUCACCGCGCAGAUUUUCACUGCUGUAAGCCAAUAGGAUAGCGACUUGCUCGCAGGCAAGGAGGGGAAACACGUUGUUGAAGGAUUUUAUUGAUUCGAGUUGUGAAUGGUUUAUGAAGAGGUUAUGAAGAGCGGGUUUCCUCACUUCGAAGAUAUUCGCACGUUUUUACUGAAUUAAACACACUUUUCCCGGUUUCAAGAGGACGUAAAAAGAGGUCUGCAACAAUGUGGAUUCAGGUGCGCACCAUGGAUGGCAAGGAGACCCACCGGGUCGACUCCCUGUCGAAGCUGACUAAGGUGGAUGAGUUGAGGGUAAAAAUUAUGGAGCUGUUCAAUGUGGAGCCUGAGAGGCAGAGGCUAUUCUACAGAGGGAAACAGAUGGAAGAUGGCCACACUAUUUUUGACUACAAUGUAGGUUUGAAUGACAUUGUUCAGCUGCUCGUCCGUCAGGCUCAGGCUCAGCCUGCUUUGUCUUUGCCAAAAGACAAGGAGGGUGAGCUGUCAGACUCUGACUCCGGCUGUGGUUCUGGUCAGAGCGAAUCAGACAAGAGCUCCACUCACGGAGAAUGUGAAGCCCAGAGCGCUGGAACUUCAGCCCAGGUGGACCUCGUCGAUCCAGGUUUUGGAUUUUAUAAGAUCAAUGAGUUUGUGGAUGCACGAGACUUGAACAUGGGGGCGUGGUUUGAAGCUCAGAUUGUGAAUGUCACAAAGACUCCAAAGAACACUGAAGAAGGUGGCAUGGAAACAGAUGGGGAAGAGGAAAUCCUUUACCACAUAAAAUAUGAGGAUUAUCCAGAGAAUGGGGUGGUUCAGCUGCUUGCAAAGGAUGUGCGCCCCCGGGCCCGUACUGUGUACCAGUGGCAUCAGUUAGAGGCUGGGAUGAUCGUCAUGGUGAACUACAAUCCAGAUGAGCCUAAAGAGCGAGGCUACUGGUACGAUGCAGAGAUCCAGAGGAAGAGGGAGACUCGCACCCAGCGAGAGGUUUUUGGCAAAAUACUGCUCGGGGAUGCUGGUGACUCUCUCAAUGACUGCCGGAUCAUGUUUGUAAGUGAGAUCUACAAGAUCGAGGAGCCUGGGAGCUCUGAUAGUUCUGCAGCCACUUCUGAUAGCCCUCUAAAGAGAUCCAAUGGGCCGGAGUGUAAGCACUGCAAAGAUGACCCAAAGAAGAAUUGCCGCUGGUGUAACUGCCAUGUGUGUGGUGUGAAGCAGGACCCUGACAAGCAGCUGCUGUGUGAUGAGUGUGACAUGGCUUUUCACAUGUAUUGCCUUGACCCGCCCCUUACAACUAUCCCAGCUGAUGAGGACUGGUACUGCCCUCAGUGCCGUAAUGAUUCGAGUGAAGUUGUUCGGGCUGGAGAAAAGCUUAAGGAGAGUAAGAAGAAGGCAAAGAUGGCUUCUGCCAGCUCCUCCAGCCAGAGGGACUGGGGCAAGGGUAUGGCAUGUGUUGGACGCACCAAGCAGUGCACCAUUGUUCCCUCCAAUCACUAUGGGCCUGUGCCAGGCGUGCCUGUGGGAACCCUGUGGAAGUUUAGAGUUCAGGUCAGUGAGUCUGGAGUUCACCGUCCUCAUGUAGCCGGGAUCCAUGGAAGAAGCAACGAUGGUGCCUAUUCACUAGUGCUGGCGGGUGGCUACGAGGAUGACGUGGAUGAUGGCAAUGAGUUCACAUACACAGGCUCUGGAGGUCGUGAUCUGUCUGGCAACAAGAGAACUGCUGAACAGUCCUGUGAUCAGAAACUUACCAACAUGAACAGGGCGCUGGCUCUGAACUGCAAUGCUCCUGUAAAUGACAAGGAUGGUGCUGAGGCCAAGGACUGGAAGGCAGGGAAACCUGUAAGAGUGGUGCGAAGCUCCAAGGGUCGAAAGCACAGCAAAUACUCUCCAGAAGAUGGGAACAGAUAUGAUGGCAUUUACAAGGUGGUGAAAUACUGGCCAGAAAAGGGCAAGUCUGGGUUCCUGGUUUGGAGAUACCUGCUGAAAAGAAAUGAUGAUGAAUCAGCACCGUGGACCCGGGAUGGCAAAGAACGCAUUAAAAAGCUUGGCCUCACUAUGCAGUAUCCUGAGGGCUAUUUAGAGGCUGUUGCUGCUAAGGAGAAGGAAAAGGAGAAGGAAAAGGAGAACAAGAGUGAGGAUGAGGCUGAAACACCCACCAAGGGCAAGAGGAAGAGAAAAUCUCUGGCAGUUGAUGACGAGGAGAAACACUCACCGUCCAAGAACACACCCAAGAAGAUCAAAGUGGAGGCCUACAAACUGACCAAAGAGCAAAAGGCCUUGAUCAAGGAAGAUGAGCUUAACAAGAAACUCUGGGAUGAAGCCAAGCAAUCUCUAAGUCUUGGACCACGAUUUGUGAACAAAGUGGAGGAGGUUUUCUUGUGUAUUUGCUGCCAAGAAGUUGUUUUCCAGCCCAUCACCACAGAGUGCAACCACAAUGUGUGCAGGGAAUGUCUUCAGCGAUCGUUUAAAGCAGAGGUGUACACCUGUCCGGCCUGCCGACAUGAUCUGGGCAAAAACUACCAAAUGACGGUGAACAAGCCCCUUCAAGCCAUCCUGAGCCAGCUGUUCCCUGGGUACAGCAGCGGACGGUGAUAAAGUGCACGGGGGUGGCAAUGAACUAAUGACACAUGUGCAUCCAGACUGAAUUCAACUGAACUAAACCAGAAUUCAUUUUUAAUAUAUUUUAACUAAUGUUACAACCGAAUCAGGGUGUAGGAUUACUUGCAGCCCCAGCCGUUAAUUCAGUCCGAUUUUUAUUGGUGCUGUAAUCUUCUUCUUUUUUUUUUUUUUUUUUUAAAUAAAUACAUAAAUUUGGCAUCCGUUCUUGUCAGAUAGGUACCUCCCUCAAUAAACACCUUUUUAUAUUUACAGGUAAAUGUGAUUUUAAUAGCAUUGUAGUGAUCUAGGUGUAAGCGCCUCCUUUUAUAGGAAACGUAAUGCCCUAAUUGUACUCUGCACCAGCACAUCAUUUUGUAAACUUUUCAGCUACGCACAACUGCACUAUUUGCUUACAGCAAAAUACUUUCUAUAUUCUUUAUAAUUUGUUUGCCAGAGAUACAUUUGCUAAUAGGUAUGCACUGGCAUCAGGAUCCCUUAAACCAUUAUUUUUUUUUUUUCCCUUAAGUUUUAUUUUAGGUCUAACAUAAGUACACCGUGACCAUUUAGAGCUUUAAAAUGCCUUAAUCCUUUACUUUAUUGAUGUUUAACUAAAUUUAAUCAGCUAUUUUAUAUAUCUUAUUAUAUAUAAAAUCUUAGCUUUGCUUUUUAACUACUGUAUGUGCUUAGAAUUUUCACUUCAUUGUAAUUCAUUACAGACUCUCUUUUUGCCGUUAUGCAAUCCAGUUUCUCCUGCAAUGGGUUUCAGAGGGAAGCUGAUACUCUGGAACAAAGGCCCUCAAUGAAUUUCUCCUGUUCAGUAAAUAUUUAAUGAAAUUGUAAUUUUCUUUUGUUUAUUCUCAGUGAAAUUCUUAGCUUUGUUCUUAGAUUUAUCACAAUAUUUGCUAAAUAAACGCCUAAGGCUGCCGUUGGGGUUUUUUUUUUAUACCUCAAUUAGACUGGAACUGUAUAUUCUAAAAUUAAAAUUGUAUAUUUUUAGCACUUGUAUUUAGCCAUGUUUAUGUAGUGUUAGGUGCUAUUUUCUUGCACUGUUUGAGUGCUAAUUUUUUCAAUAAACCUUAUUCCUUUUAUAUGGAACAAAA